GCGGCGGCAGCGGCGAGACGGGGCGGCCGGGGGCUGGGGCUGCCUGCCGGGCGGCCGUGCGCGGCGAGCCCAGGGUGGUGGCAGCGUCCAUGGAGCAAAAGGAAUGCCGGGACCGUGGGCACACCGACGGGGACCAGCCUCAGCACCCACAGCCAACACACAGAUAGCAGAGCCGCCUCGGGGUUGAACCAUGAUUCCGGUGACAGAGCUCCGCUACUUUGCGGACACACAGCCCGCGUACCGGAUCCUGAAGCCGUGGUGGGACGUGUUCACCGACUACAUCUCCAUCGUCAUGCUCAUGAUCGCCGUCUUUGGCGGGACGUUGCAGGUCACCCAGGACAAGAUGAUCUGCCUGCCUUGUAAGUGGGUCACCAGGGACUCGUGCAACGACUCGUUCCGGGGCCCGGAGCCCACCUUCCCCAACUCCACAGUCCCGCCAAGUCCUGACGCAGGCCCCACGGGCAUCAAGUACGACCUGGACCGCCACCAGUACAACUACGUGGACGCCGUGUGCUACGAGAACCGCCUGCACUGGUUUGCCAAGUACUUCCCCUACCUCGUGCUGCUGCACACGCUCAUCUUUCUGGCCUGUAGCAACUUCUGGUUCAAGUUCCCACGCACCAGCUCGAAGCUGGAGCACUUCGUGUCCAUCCUGCUCAAGUGCUUCGAUUCUCCUUGGACCACGAGGGCCCUGUCCGAGACGGUGGUGGAGGAGAGCGACCCCAAGCCGGCCUUCAGCAAGAUGAACGGCUCCAUGGACAAGAAGUCGUCGACCGUGAGCGAGGACGUGGAGGCCACCGUGCCGAUGCUGCAGCGCACCAAGUCGCGGAUCGAGCAGGGCAUCGUAGACCGCUCCGAGACGGGCGUGCUGGACAAGAAGGAGGGGGAGCAGGCCAAGGCCCUGUUUGAGAAGGUGAAGAAGUUCCGGACCCACGUGGAGGAGGGCGACAUCGUGUACCGCCUGUACAUGCGGCAGACCAUCAUCAAGGUGAUCAAGUUCAUCCUCAUCAUCUGCUACACCGUCUACUACGUGCACAACAUCAAGUUCGACGUGGACUGCACCGUGGACAUCGAGAGCCUGACGGGCUACCGCACCUACCGCUGCGCCCACCCUCUGGCCACGCUCUUCAAGAUCCUGGCGUCCUUCUACAUCAGCCUGGUCAUCUUCUACGGCCUCAUCUGCAUGUACACGCUCUGGUGGAUGCUGCGCCGCUCGCUCAAGAAGUACUCGUUCGAGUCGAUCCGCGAGGAGAGCAGCUACAGCGACAUCCCCGACGUGAAGAACGACUUCGCCUUCAUGCUGCACCUCAUCGACCAGUACGACCCGCUCUACUCCAAGCGCUUCGCCGUCUUCCUGUCGGAGGUGAGCGAGAACAAGCUGCGGCAGCUGAACCUCAACAACGAGUGGACGCUGGACAAGCUGCGCCAGCGGCUCACCAAGAACGCGCAGGACAAGCUGGAGCUGCACCUGUUCAUGCUCAGCGGCAUCCCCGACACCGUGUUCGACCUGGUGGAGCUGGAGGUCCUGAAGCUGGAGCUCAUCCCCGACGUGACCAUCCCCCCCAGCAUCGCCCAGCUCACGGGCCUCAAGGAGCUGUGGCUCUACCACACGGCCGCCAAGAUCGAGGCUCCGGCCCUGGCCUUCCUGCGGGAGAACCUGCGGGCGCUGCACAUCAAGUUCACCGACAUCAAGGAGAUCCCGCUGUGGAUCUACAGCCUGAAGACGCUGGAGGAGCUGCACCUGACGGGCAACCUGAGCGCCGAGAACAACCGCUACAUCGUCAUCGACGGGCUGCGGGAGCUCAAGCGCCUCAAGGUGCUGCGGCUCAAGAGCAACCUGAGCAAGCUGCCCCAGGUGGUCACCGACGUGGGCGUGCACCUGCAGAAGCUGUCCAUCAACAACGAGGGCACCAAGCUCAUCGUCCUCAACAGCCUCAAGAAGAUGGUGAACCUGACCGAGCUGGAGCUGAUCCGCUGCGACCUGGAGCGCAUACCCCACUCCAUCUUCAGCCUGCACAACCUGCAGGAGAUUGACCUCAAGGACAACAACCUGAAGACCAUCGAGGAGAUCAUCAGCUUCCAGCACCUGCACCGCCUCACCUGCCUUAAGCUGUGGUACAACCACAUCGCCUACAUCCCCAUCCAGAUCGGCAACCUCACCAACCUGGAGCGCCUCUACCUAAACCGCAACAAGAUCGAGAAGAUCCCCACCCAGCUCUUCUACUGCCGCAAGCUGCGCUACCUAGACCUCAGCCACAACAACCUGACCUUCCUCCCCGCUGACAUCGGCCUCCUCCAGAACCUCCAGAACCUGGCUCUCACGGCCAAUCGGAUCGAGACGCUCCCUCCCGAGCUCUUCCAGUGCCGGAAGCUGCGGGCCCUGCACCUGGGCAACAACGUGCUUCAGUCCCUGCCCUCGAGGGUGGGCGAGCUGACCAACCUGACCCAGAUCGAGCUGCGGGGCAACCGGCUGGAGUGCCUGCCGGUGGAGCUGGGCGAGUGCCCGCUGCUCAAGCGCAGCGGCCUGGUGGUGGAGGAGGACUUGUUCAACACGCUGCCGCCCGAGGUGAAGGAGCGGCUCUGGAGGGCCGACAAGGAGCAGGCCUGAGCGGGCCCCGCCAGCCACCCACCCUGGCCGGCGGCCAGGCCCUUCCACGACUCCCCGGACGGCGGCCCAGGUCCGGCAGGCAGAGCCGGGGGCCGGGCAGGAGCCGGGCCCGGCGAGAAGGCAGUGUCUGCGGGGCUGGCCCCUUCCGCCCCGCGGGGCGGGCGCCCGACUCGGGGCGCCUCGCGUGGACAAUCAGGGUCUCCACCCUGGGGCACCUCUGUCUGGGAUCAGAGGCCACGCCAGCCCCAGCGGCCCAGGGACAAGGACUUCGCUCUUGGUAUUUAUUUCCCUCCACUUCCCUCCUCUCCCUCGCAGAUGACACACAUUCCCAAGAAAACUCAGCUCACUCUCCAGGCGGGCCAGCGUGUCCCCCCUCUUCCUUACGGGGUGAUGCUCACAGAAGUGGGUGCCCACCCAUGCUUGGGUGAGUGACCCAGGGCGAGCCAGCUGCAAGACAAGUCUCCCCAGGGGCCCCCAGCCGGGCUCCGGCGGCAGAGCCCAGAGGCUGGGCCCCGGGUCCUGCUCCAUCCGUUUUUGUGACAGUUUUAGAUUUUUAAUUAAAAAAAAAGAAGUUUUUGGGUUUUUUUUUUUUAAGCUUUGAGAAUGGAUGGUUUGGGUAGUAAAAAGAAAAAGAAAAAAAAGACACUAAAGGCCAGUGAGCUGGAGUCUCAGGGCGGGGGCAGCUUCCUUUCAGCUCAGCAUUGAAUCGGACUUCCUGUCCCGGGCCAGGGUGCAGACUGUCUUCCCAACCCGCCGUGACCUUGGUCCCCGAGUUCUGUUUGUUCCUCUUCUCUCCGGGGAUGGGAACUUUAUUUAAUUGUUUUUUCGUUUUUAGGUUUUUUUUUUGGGGGGGUGUCUUUUCUCUCUCCUCCGUGGGUCUUGGCAGGCACUCAUUAUUGUGGCUGUUGGCCUGAGGGAAUGUUCUGGAGCUGCCAAGAAGGGAGGAGAUGGGUUGGUUUGCAGAAGGAAUGGUGCUCCAUCCUCCCCUCACUCCUCCCCCUCCUUUACAGCCCUCCCCCCCCCCACCCCCCCAGUGUUAAGGAGCCCUGGGGAGCCGCUUUGCCCAGACUCUGUUUCCCCACCGCUGGCCUGGCCUCCGCUGCUUACACCAGCCCUCCCACCACCGGCGGUCCACGAGGAGCAGAGCGUUAGAGGCGCUUGACCCUGGGAGGUCACUGCCAGGAGGGUAGGCCCCUCCUUGUUUUGGGUUCCAAGCCAGUUUCCUUCCUGGGUACCCGGUUUGCACACAGGAAGCUACCCUGCUUUAGAUCAAUCACUCGGGUCCCUGCUUUAGAAGGCCCCCCCCCCGCCUUAGAUCAAUCACGUGGACACUAAGGCACAUCAUCUUGUUUUAAUAAUUAUGUCUGUCCGUCUGUCCAUUUGUGUUUCCUGCGUCGUAUCAUCAGAUGUAAUCCUCAGCAAUGAUGCAACCAUGAAGCAAUCCGUUACACAAGGGUCUGAACUUGUAGACUCGGUUCAAAUAUCAAAUAAAUCUAUAACACCA